AUGGCGGCGGACACUGCUGUUGGCCCACUCCGGGGCGUGGCGGUGGCUGGCGGAGAGGAGAGUAGCGAUAGCGAGGAUGACGGCUGGCAGAUCGGGUACCUGGACCCGGCCUCCCAGAAAUUAAAAAGCCCGUUGCCUACAGAAGAAAAGAAUGAAACGUUUAAGAAGGCAUUGACCACUGGAGAUACUUCCUUAGUGGAGGAGCUCCUGGAUUCUGGCAUUAGUGUGCAUUCCAACUUUCGAUAUGGAUGGACCCCUCUGAUGUAUGCUGCUAGCGUUGCCAGUGUAGAGAUGGUUCGGCUCCUUUUGGACAGAGGUGCUAAUGCAAGCUUUGAUAAGGCUAAGCAGACUGUUUUGAUGACUGCGUGUUCUGCUUGUGGCUCUGAAGAACAGAUCUUGAAGUGUGUAGAGCUGCUGCUUUCAAGAAACGCUGAUCCAAAUGUAACUUCUCUUCUGCUGAGAAAAGAAAGGGAUAUAACUUUAAGACACCUUUUGACCCUGAAAAAAUAUGAAUUUGUAAAGGUUAGUAUCAUUUUCAAAAACUCUAGCUUAGAUCAGCAGAAAAUUCUGGCUGCUGUUAAAGAACUGGAGGUAGAAGAGAUAAAUUUUGGAGAGUUACCUGAAGUGGCAAAGUUGAAAGUGAGUGAUGAUGAGUUCCUCUACUUUCUUCUGAUUAAACAGUGUGACCAUUUAAUAACAGCUGUACAGAAUAUCAUUACUGAAUUACCUGUAAAUCCUCAUAAGAAUUUUACUUCAGUUUGUGAAGAACUUGUUAGUAAUGUUGAAGAUCUGAGUGAAGAAGUUUGCAAACUAAAAGACUUAAUUCAGAAGCUGCAAAAUGAACGGACAAAGGAUCCAACUUAUAUAUCAUUAGUGGAAGAAGUAUCUACAUGGAAGAGUAGAAUUUUGAAGAGGAAAGCUAUUAUAAUAUGUGGAUUUGGGCUGAUUCUUUUCAUUUGCAAGCUAACAUUUCAGAGAAAAUAA